AUGGGGGGCUGCGAGCUGGAGCUGACGCCUUGGACGAAGCGCGAGAGCUCUUUGAAGGGUCGAAUGGAGACCUUGGCGAAGCACGUGAUCGGUUGCAAGGAUCACUGGAUCUUGAACCACUUCGUGUUGGAGGCCAAAGACCCCGGUGAGAGCAAGUCGGAGGUUCGUUUCCUCUACACCUGCUGCCAAGUGGCUCCUCACGAGCCCAUCUCGAUUGUUGGACAGCAUGACCCGAUUCCAGAGUCCUUUGGUGACUUCGAGGGCAAGUACUACCCAACGGGCCGCGUGGAGGGCCGGCUCCUCUACGAGCCGAGGUACCAUUAUGAUCGGAGCCAAGUCAGCGCGGUGCGGAAUUUCAGCUACGAGCGCCACAAGGGGCAGUGGUGCCUCUUCUAUGAGGGCUCCAACAAGACCUGCGUGGAUCAGGCCCCGGCCCAUGCUCUGCAACUCGAGUUUGCCGGCGAGGAUCCCUUCGAGGUGUCAAGUGUGGGCCCGAUCAAGAGCAAGCAGGAGCCUGGGGCUCCCAUGAAGGAGCUCAAGAUCGUCAAGUUCAAGAAGCCGCCCAUGAUGACCUCCUUCAAGCUUGAGCGACUUGAGCUGGAGGACCAGGCCAUCGAGCACUUCAAGCCUAGCAAGGAGCUGACAGGCUACGACAUGGACAUGGUGGAAAAUUGGAUGCCAGACAGCCCCAACUAUCGACCUUACUGUGCCAUGCGGGACCCGAAGCAGUGA